AUGGUGAAGGCCAUGGAGCGCCUCGGCCUUGCGCCGGAAGGGAGCGUCAGGGUCUCCGGUCUGAUGGAGACCGCCGGCAAGGGCCUCGUCAAGGGCGGCAGGAUGGCUCGCACUAAGUGUACAGCCCCAAAGUCCACCGGCGGAAAGGCUCCAACGAAGCACCUUAGGGCUUUCUAUGCUGCCGCUCGUAAGACUGCUCCCGCCACUGGAGGAGUGAAGAAGCCACGCCGAUAUCGCCCUGGAACUGUUGCUCUUCGUGAAAUUCGCAAAUAUCAGAAGGGCACAGAGCUACUUAUAAGGAAGCUACCGUUCCAGAGACUUGUCAUGGAGAUUGCCCAAUUUUGCAAGAGUGAUCUACGUUUCCAGAGCCAUGCAGUGCUUGCUUUGCAGGAGGCAGCCGAAGCAUACUUGGUGGGACUGUUUGAAGACACUAAUCUGCGAUUAGCAUUAAACUCAUCUGCUAAUUGA